AUGUCGUUCCUCCGGUCGCAGAGCUCCCUCCGGCUCUCACGAGCAUACACACAAAUCCCCAGAUCGCCGAGAUGGCUAUCAUCGACGGCACAGCGCCGCCUAGGCGAACCGGACCCCAAAGCUAUCCCGGACGUGAAAGCGAUGCAGAUGACUGAAGACCAAGCGUCCAUGGUCGAAGCCGGCCGUCAGCCCCAAGGUGGCGGUGGUGCCGUGGAACAAUACCACCCGGACCACCAGCCAGACUACACUGCGACCAUCGACCACGGGACGUCGACAUAUUCGCCGGUCCCCAAACGGGUCAUGAACGGCAGCGAACCUACCGAGAUCACGCCCGCCGCCGUGGUGUCAGGAGCUCCAGUCGACCUGCAAGCCAGGACUGUCAGAAUCUACAAACCCGUCCGACCGGCCACACAGUCCGGAACAUGGGGCAGCCACGCGUGGCGCCUGGACUGGGACCCUCUGCCCAAGGGCCACCGGUGGGAGAACCCGCUGAUGGGAUGGCAGUCGUCGGGGGAUUUCAUGCAAGGCACCAACAUCAAGUUCAAGUCCAAGGACGAUGCGAUUGCCUUUGCCGAGAAGCAGGGCUACGAGUGGUACGUCCAAGAGCCGAACGAGCGACGAUUCGUACCAAAGGCCUACGCGAACAACUUUCUCCACGAGCCUGGCCCGUUGAAACACAUCAAGACCAAGUAA